AUGGACCCCGCGACUGAGGGAAUCGACCGCCCUGCUGUGGCAGAGAUCGCCAAGGCGCCAACCACAAAGCCCCGCAAGCGCUUUGUGGGCACGUCGGCACGCGCAACCGGUAGCCGUGCUGCUCCCAGAAAGGUCGCCAACCAGAUUCCCGACGAGAUCCUCAAUGACCCAGCGCUCAAGGAGGCUAUGAGGGCCUUGCCGCAAAACUACAACUUUGAGAUCCCGAAGACGAUCCACCAUGUCCGCCGCGAGGGUGUCAAGACUGUCGCACUGCAGAUGCCCGAGGGUCUGAUGAUGUAUGGCACAGCCAUUGCGGACAUUGUUGAGAGGUUUACCGGCGCACAGCCCCUGCUCCUCGCCGACGUGACGUACGGCGCGUGCUGUAUCGACGACUUUACCGCCCGCGAGCUCGGCGCCGAGAUGAUCGUGCACUAUGGCCACUCGUGCCUCAUCCCCGUCAACCAGACCAGCAUCAAGACACUCUACAUCUUUGUCGAGAUUGCCAUUGACGCACCGCACCUCGCGUACAGUGUGCGCCGGAAUUUCCCGUCGUCUCGCGACGCUUUUGCCCGUGCAGUUCUCGGUGCUGCUCCGGCCGCACCGGGUGCCAAGGUCGGCAUUGAACUCGAGGAGGACGACAAGGCCAAGAUGACUGGAAAGGAGGGUGUGGAGAGUGAGGAGCUGCCUACCCGCCUGGCACUGGUCGGCACUAUCCAGUUUGUCGCUGCUGUCCAGUCGCUCCGUGACGAUUUGGAGAAGGCCCUCCCCCCUCUUGACGAGGAGGCGGCUGCCGAGGACGCGGGAGAGGACCAGGCGCUGGCAAAGGUCCGCAAGGGCGAGAUUGGUGUCUGGAGGGGCAAGUACGACAUUACCGUCCCCCAGACCCGCCCACUGUCUCCCGGUGAGAUCCUGGGUUGCACAGCGCCCAAGCUUGGCGACGUCGACGCGUUGAUCUACGUCGGUGACGGCCGCUUCCACCUCGAGUCCAUCAUGAUCGCCAACCCGACUGUCCCGGCCUUCCGUUUCGACCCGUACUCGAAGAAGUUUACGCGCGAGACGUACGAGCACGCCGAGAUGCGCACUGUCCGUGGCGACGCUGUCAAGACCGCCCGCCGUGCUCUCUUGGACCGCGGAGCCGCCAGCUGGGCCGUCAUUCUCGGCACCCUCGGCCGCCAAGGAUCCGUCAGCGUCCUCCAGACCGUCACUGCCGGUCUGCCACCCGACGCCGUCCCGCCACUCUUGAUCUUGUUGUCGGAAAUGUCGCCGCAAAAGCUGGCCCUGUUCUCCGAGGAGGAGAUUUCAACCUUUGUGCAGACAUCGUGUCCCCGCUUGAGUAUUGACUGGGGAUACGCCUUCUCCCGUCCUUUGCUCAGCCCCUACGAGGCGAGCGUGGCUGCUGGACGUAUCACUGGUUGGGAGGGCUUGGACCUCGCCGGUACCGAGAAGGGUGCUGGCGACUACCCGAUGGACUUCUAUGCGGAUGGUAGCCUUGGCCCAUGGACACCACGACACCGUCCCCCGAGGGUCAAGUAG